CUUUUCCCUUUUUUUCUUUCUUUUUUUUUUGGUGCCACACGACUCUUUCCUCUGUGGCUACUUUCUUAUUUUCUUCCCCUCGCCAAGUCCGCCGGACCCUCUUUGUGCAGCAAGUUCUCUACGCAACCUGUGGAUCAACUUUUGAUGAUUAAACAAAGGUAACAUUUUCAGGGUUUUUUUUUCUGGUCUUUGGAGACUUUGGAGUGGAGUCGUUCCCAAACAGGACCACCAGGCAGCAAGCAGAAGGGAAGGACCAUGUGGACCGCGCACAGCGUGGACUUCCUACUUCUUCUCUGCUUCCUGCUCAGCCUGGCCUACUCGCUCAACCCGAGGGACCCCAAUGUGUGCAGCCUGUGGGAGAGCUUCACUACCUCCGUCAAGGAGUCCUAUUCGCAUCCUUACGACCACGUGACUGAGGAGCCUUGCUCGGACCCUCGGAGCAACUACAGAUGCCCCCGACACAGAAUCACCUACAAGACAGCCUACAGGCAGGCCGUCAAGACAGACUACCGCAAACGCUACCAGUGCUGCCCGGGCUACUAUGAGAGCCGCGACAAAUGCGUUCCUCGCUGCACCAAGGAGUGCGUUCAUGGCCGCUGCCUGGCUCCGGACCGCUGUCAAUGUGAGGGAGGCUGGCGAGGCGACGACUGCUCUAGUGCCUGUGAGGACAAGCGCUGGGGCCCAGGCUGCGGCCAGCAGUGCAAGUGCGAGAAUGGCGCACCAUGUGACCCGGUCAAGGGGACGUGUCAGUGCCCGCCGGGUUUCAUUGGACGCCACUGCGAGGAGGCGUGUCCUGCUGGAACUUUUGGGAAGGGCUGCCUGGAGAAGUGCAAAUGCGGGGACGGAGGAUCCUGCCAUAAAGCCAGCGGAGAGUGCACGUGUCGGGAUGGCUUCACCGGCACCUUCUGUGAAAGGCCAUGCUCCAGGAAGUGUCCAGCGCGGUGUCCCUGUCAAAAUGGCGGCAUCUGUCGGGGCAAAGGGAUCUGUGCCUGCCCUCCAGGGUGGACGGGUUCUGUCUGCACGGAGCGCUGCCCCGAGGGACGAUAUGGACCCAACUGUGCAGAGGAGUGCAUUUGCCAUAACCACGGCAAAUGUGACCCUGAGACAGGACAGUGCAAGUGUGCCAAAGGGUUCACUGGGAACAGGUGCAACGAGGAGUGCGCAGUGGGAUCUUACGGUCAGGACUGCGAAGGCGCGUGCGACUGCGCAAAUGGCGCUCGCUGCUACAACAUCGACGGCGGCUGCCUGUGCGAACCGGGCUUCAGCGGGCCCAACUGCAAAGACAGGAUGUGCCCGCACGGGAAAUACGGCAUGCACUGCGAGCGCACGUGUCUGUGCCAGGACAAACACACGCUCAGCUGCCACCCAAUGAAAGGCGAGUGCACGUGCCAGGCGGGCUGGGCGGGGCUACACUGCAACGAAACCUGUGCCCACGGUUUCUACGGCGACGGCUGCCUGGAGCCCUGCUUGUGCGUCAACGGUGGCGUGUGCCACGGCGCCACCGGACUUUGUCAGUGCACACCCGGAUACACGGGAGUUCACUGCGAGAGUCCAUGCAAAAGCGGUACCUACGGCAAAAACUGUUCCCUGGAAUGUUCUUGCAAGAACUUUGUGGACUGCUCACCCAUCGACGGAGCCUGUUUCUGCAAAGAAGGCUGGCGAGGGCCCGACUGCUCGCUUCCUUGCUCGGAGGGAACCUGGGGCCGCGGAUGCAACGGUACCUGUCAGUGCGCCAACGGGGCUAAAUGUAACACCGCGGACGGAUCCUGCACUUGUACCGCCGGCUGGCAGGGGGCGCACUGUGACCAGUCGUGCCCGAUGGGCUCGUUCGGGCCGGGCUGCCUGAAGAGAUGCGACUGCGUCCAUGCUGACGGUUGCCAGGCAACCACAGGGGACUGCCUUUGUCUCCCUGGCUGGUGGGGCCCACACUGCAGUGAGCCGUGCGCCGAGGGCCUGUGGGGGCGCCAUUGCAACCAGACCUGCUUCAAGCACUGCCCCAACAGCGACACGUGCUUGCGGGAAACUGGGGCGUGCGUAUGCCGCCCGGGCUUCAGGGGGGUCACCUGUCAGAACAAAUGCAGAUCGGGUAUGUACGGAGACCAAUGCAGCCAGUCCUGCCCAUCCUGCGGCCAGUCGUAUCGCUGCCACCAUGUGACUGGGGAAUGCGACUGCCUUCCGGGGUACACCGGGGAUGAAUGCCAUCAGGUGUGUCCGUCCGGCUACUACGGCAAGGCUUGUUCCGAAGUGUGCAUCAGCUGCGCCAACAACGCUACGUGCAACCACCGCGACGGCCAAUGCCAGUGUCUUCCCGGCUGGACCGCCACAGACUGCUCCAUACCAUGCAGUGCAGGACGUUUUGGCUCCUUUUGCUCCCAAACUUGCUCCUGUCCCGCCAAUGUCUUGUGCGACCGGGUCACGGGAGAAUGCGUGUGUGACAACGUUGACUGUCAACAAGAGACAUCGGAGCCCGGCAGCGUGAUGGUCCCACUGCCCCCGGGCGAGAAGGAGUCGUGGGCGGCCAUCAGCGGCGUAGUGGCGCUUGUCAUCUUGGUGGUGGUGCUGCUGGUUCUACUGCUGCUCUACCGACGCCAGCAGAGGCUCAAGCACAACAACACGCCCGCCGUGUCCUUUUCCGUCAGCCGCACCGUCAACUCCGAGUACGCCGUACCAGAUGUGGCUCCCAACUACCAGCACUACUACUCCAACCCCAGCUACCACACGCUUCGGGACAACCGUCCACCGCUGCCUCACCUCCCCAAUAACCACGACCGCACAAUCAAGAACACCAACAAGCAAUUGUUCUGCAGCAUGAAGAACACGGAUCGGGAGAGGCGUGGCCUUUUUGGCGUGGAGAGCAACGCAACACUGCCUGCCGACUGGAAACACCACGAAGCUCGCAAUAAGGAGCCAGGAGCGUUUGGAAUCGAUCGGAGUUACAGCUACAGCGCCAGCCUCGGAAAAUAUUUCAACAAAGAACUGACAGAGGCCGCAGGCAUGGCGAGCAGCAGUUCCCUGAAUAGCGAGAACCCUUAUGCCACCAUCAAAGAUCUGCCGGGACCCCCCUUCUGCCCUCCCGAAAGCAGCUACAUGGAAAUGAAAGCGGCCGUCCCCCGAGAGCGAGCGUACACCCAAAGCGCACCACCGCCGCCCCCGCCCUUCAACGCCGCCUCUCUACGACGACAGCGUCAGCAUUCUGUGGGCCACGCCCCCCAGGAGGAUCCGCUAGGCCACUACGACCUCCCGGUCAACAGCCACAUCCCGGGCCACUACGACCUGCCGCCGCUCCGCCGCCCCCCAUCGCCCGAGAGAACGCUGCGCUGACCAUGACGCCGAUGUGAAGGCACGCGAGGGCUCCCGAAACGGCAUUUAAGACGCCGUAGGCCCCCAAGAGGGAGGACGCUGGAAUUUCACCACUGGUGGGAAGAUCCCACUUCAGGUGGUAUGCGCCCAAGUGGAGGAACUUGAGGGGGGUGGGGGUGGGGGUGGGCAGGACUUCAGGAUGGUUUGAAGACUCUUCAGUGAACUAACUUUCACAUUUUUUUUUUUUUUUACAACCUCAGCUGGUUUCAAGAGUUAUUCGCAAUGUUAUGAUGCACUUUAGCACACACCCAAAAAAAAAAAAAGUUUGAAUUUGCUCACUUUUUAAACACGGUUGUUUUUCUACAAAGUGUAUGUCAAUAAAACACAAAAAUAAUUAUGCAAGGGAAAACAAUUACAUGAUUGAGUCUUUUUGAGACGAUGGUGUAAUAUUGAGGGAAUAAAAAUACCAAUAUUUUUCAGAAGGUUUUUGACAAUCAAGUCCGAAUAAUACAAGAAAAAAAAAGUAACAUUUAUAAUAGGGGAAAAAAACAAUGUUUGAACACGAGCUUUUUUCUUCUUUUACACAAGUGCUUGUUUUUCCCCCCAAAAAAGUACUGUAUAUAUUCUGUAUGUAUUGUGGAUUUCCUCAUAAACUGGCCAGUUGCUGAUUUUUUUUUUGUUACUCUGCUGAGAGCACUUUUUGUCAGCUUUACAGAUGUCAUCUGUUUGGCAGCACUUUGUUGCCGUAGUAACUUUUUUUCUUUCCCCUCUUCGCCUUUUUUUUUUUUUUUUUUUUUAAUCAUGUCUCAUUAAAGUCCAACACACGUCAACUUUAGAGAUGCCACUAUACCCUGUA